UUGGCGCCUUUCCAACAUGGCUCUUCUCUCUGUUUAUUUUCCCCAAACCCCAUUUCCUUUCUGCCUCUCAAGGCCUACUUCACCAUCACAGUCGCUGUAUUCUCUUUCUCUCUCUAAAACCUCCUUUUCUUCCUCUAGAUCCAAACCCAAUGCCCUUCUAACAUCACACCCUCCUCUUUCCAACCAACCGGCUCUUCUGUCCAAUUUUCCUUCAGUUUCUAAUGACGCCGUCAACGACCACUACUAUUUGCUAGACUUAUCGGUUCGGUACGAUGAUGUUGAGCUCAUCAAGGCUGUCCACGCUUCAAUUUUCAAGCUUGCAGAAGACACUCAUUUGGCUAAUGCUCUCAUCGUGGCUUAUCUCAAACUGGGUAUGGUUCCUAAUGCCCACAAGGUUUUUGUGGGACUUUCGUGCCCGAAUGUGGUGUCUUAUACUGCCAUGAUUUCGGGUUUCGCCAAGUCUAACCGAGAACGCCAAGCUAUGGAGAUUUUUUUUAGGAUGAGAAGUUCAGGUAUUGAGCUUAAUGAAUUUAGUUUUGUGGCGAUAUUAACAGUAUGCAUUCGGCUGUUGGAUUUAGAAUUGGGUUGUCAACUUCAUGCUAUUGUGAUUAAAAUGGGCUUUUUGAAUUACACUUUUGUUUCCAACGCACUGAUGGGUUUGUACGGUAAGUGUGGGUAUUUGGACACUGUGCUUCAGUUAUUCGAUGAAAUGCCUCACAGAGAUAUUGCGUCAUGGAAUACUGUGAUUUCGAGUGUGGUGAAGGAGAUGAUGUAUGGGAGAGCAUUUGAAUUGUUUCGUGAUAUGCGGAGAAUUGAUGGAUUUAGAAUUGACCAUUUUACACUUUCAACCAUUCUGGUGGCAGCCACUGGAGGGGUAGCUUCGAUGGUAGGGCGGGAAAUCCAUGCCCAUGUUAUCAAAAUUGGGUUUGAGUCCAACAUAAGUGUGAUCAAUGCUCUAAUUAGGUUUUACACAAAAUGUGGGAGCAUAAAACAUGUGGUGGCUUUGUUCGAGAAGAUGCGUGUAAGAGAUGUCAUUACUUGGACAGAGAUGAUUACAGCUUACAUGGAAUUUGGGUUUACAGAUUUGGCUUUGGAGGUCUUUGAUAAGAUGCCUGCUAGGAAUUCUAUUUCUUAUAAUGCUAUUUUGUCUGGAUUUUGUCAAAAUGGAGAAGGAUCGAAGGCUCUAGCUUUUUUUUGCAGAAUGGUGGAGGAGGGUGUGGAAUUAACAGAUUUCACUUUGACUGGUGUUCUUAAUGCUUGUGGGUUGCUUAGGGAGGCGAAAAUUAGCAAGCAAAUUCAUGGGUUUAUCUUGAAGUUUGGUUUUGGGUCAAACGCUUGUAUUGAAGCUGCAUUGCUUGAUAUGUGCACAAGGUGUGGAAGGAUGGCUGAUGCUCAAAAGAUGUUCUCUCAAAGACCUUUCAGUCAGAGUGAUUCAAUUAUUUGGACUUCAAUGAUAUGUGGUUAUGCACGAAAUGCGCAGCCAGAAGAGGCAAUAUCUCUUUUUUGCCAGAGCCAAUUAGAGGGAGCAAUGGUUGUUGACAAAGUUGCAUCAACUGCUGUACUUGGUGUCUGUGGAACUUUAGCGUUACAUGAGAUGGGGAAGCAAAUCCACUGUCAUGCUCUUAAAUCUGGAUUUUUAUCUGAUUUAGGGGUGGGGAAUUCCAUAAUUACCAUGUACUCUAAGUGCAGUAACAUGGAUGAUGCAAUUAAGGUUUUCAAUGUUAUGCCUGCACAUGAUAUAGUUUCUUGGAAUGGUUUAAUUGCUGGACAUCUUCUUCAUAGGCAGGGUGACGAGGCUUUGUCUGUCUGGUCUAAGAUGGAGAAGGCAGGUAUAAAGCCAGAUACAGUUACCUUUGUUUUGAUAAUUUCAGCUUACAGACAUACUAACUCAAAUUUAGUUGAUAAUUGUCGAAGAUUGUUUCUCUCCAUGAAAACCAUAUAUCAUAUUGAUCCCACUGUAGUACAUUAUACCUCCUUGGUUGGUGUUUUGGGUUAUUGGGGUCUCCUAGAGGAAGCGGAGGAAAUGAUCAAUAAGAUGCCUAUCGAGCCAGAGGCUUCGGUUUGGCGAGCUCUGCUUGAUGCUUGUAGAAUUCAUUCUAAUACAACUAUUGGAAAACGAGCUGCAAAGCAUCUACUUGCUACGAAGCCACGGGAUCUGUCUACUUACAUACUUGUAUCAAACCUGUACUCUGCAUCUGGGAGAUGGCAUUGCUCCGAUAUGGUUAGAGAGGAGAUGAGAGUGAAGGGGUUUCGGAAACAUCCAGGCCGAAGUUGGAUUAUUCAUGAAAACAAGGUUCAUUCAUUUUAUGCUAGGGAUAAAUCCCAUCCCCAAGCCAAAGACAUACACAGUGGGCUGGAGUUACUAAUUAUGGAAUGCCUAAAGGCUGGAUAUGUGCCCGACACGAGUUUUGUUCUUCAUGAAGUAGAAGAACAUCAGAAGAAGGAUUUUUUGUUCUAUCACAGUGCAAAAAUAGCUGCGACGUAUGGGCUUCUGAUGACCAGGCCCGGAAGACCCAUUCGGAUUGUGAAGAACAUUCUUUUGUGCGGUGACUGUCAUACUUUCUUGAAGUAUGUUUCAAUUGUUACUGGGAGAGAAAUUUUUCUGAGGGAUGCUUCAGGCCAUCAUUGUUUCUUGAAUGGUCAAUGCUCAUGCAAAGAUUACUGGUGAUGCAUGGGAUACAAUCAACUUGAAUGUUCUGGAACAUUGUAAUUUUCAUUUUUCUUCCCUCAAUUUUUUGGCUGAUUUAGAAUGUCUAAGCCACUGUACCAUAAAUGUAUUUAUAUGUGUAAUUCUGAAAAGAGAAUAAAUUAUUUUCAUUUCCGGUGAAAA